UAUCUCUCUCUAUAUGUCUAUAAAUCCUACAUAAUUGAUAUAGACCCGAGUCCCUUAGCUUUCCCGUAUCCAUUCCCUCCUCUAACAAGUAACAAAUCCAACACAGACGGAGACAGAGAUCCACCAAAUUAAUAAGUUUUAGAGAGAGAAGAAAAACUCGCAAAUUGCGUUCUAGAGAGAGAAAUCAAACUCCUCCUGCAUGUAAUUUUAUUUCUACUUUGCAAGGAAUCACUCUGAUGAAGAACCUCUUCUUUAUCGCAACUCUGUUCCUCUUAGGUCUCUCUUCAGCUCUCAAGGAGGGACAAACAUGCGUCGCAGAUGCAAACUGCAACACAGGGUUACACUGCGAAACAUGCCUCGCAAAUGGGAACGUACGGCCGCGAUGUACUCGGAAUCAACCUGUCACUCCAACUUCAAAGGUGAAGGGACUGCCUUUCAAUAGGUAUUCAUGGCUGACGACGCACAAUGCGUUCGCUCGAUUUGGGGAUAGAUCGGCCACCGGCUCUGUGAUUUUAGCUCCGUCGAACCAGCAGGACUCUGUUACCGAUCAGCUCAAUAAUGGCGUUAGAGGGCUGAUGCUUGAUAUGUAUGACUUCAACAACGACAUCUGGUUAUGUCACUCCUUUGGUGGCAACUGCUACAAUUACACAUCUUUUCAACCUGCCAUUAAUGUUCUAAAAGAGAUUCAAGUGUUUCUCGAAGCAAACCCUUCAGAAAUCAUCACCAUUUUCAUUGAAGACUAUGUUACAUCUCCAAAGGGCCUAACAAAAGUGUUUGACGCUGCUGGACUGAGGAAAUUCUGGUUUCCAGUUUCUCGAAUGCCAAACAAUGGUCAAGAUUGGCCAACAGUUGAUGAUAUGGUCCGGCAGAAUCAGCGUUUAGUAGUUUUCACUUCAAAAUCUUCUAAGGAGGCUGCAGAAGGGAUUGCACAUGAGUGGAAAUACUUGGUAGAAAACCAAUAUGGUAAUGGAGGGAUGGUGGCCGGUUCAUGUCCAAGCCGUGGAGAAUCAUCACCCAUGAACACGAAAACACGAUCACUAAUCCUAAUGAACUAUUUUCCAGAUAACCCUGAUUUAGCCCAAGCUUGCAAGUAUAAUUCAGCUCCACUAAUUAGCAUGCUCAACACUUGUUAUCAAGCGGCUGGUAAACGAUGGCCUAACUUCAUUACUGUCGAUUUUUACAAGAGAAGUGAUGGAGGUGGAGCUCCUGAAGCUGUAGAUGUGGCAAAUGGUCAUCUAAUUUGUGGUUGCGACAACAUUGCCUACUGCAAGGAAAAUACAACUUACGGAAAGUGUGACAAACCUGAGGCGGCUGCUGUUGCCCCUGCGGCCGGAGCAGCAACAGGACCUGGGAAGUACUUCAGUUCAUCCAAUUCGGAUGGCAGACCGAUUCAGUAUCUUUGGUUGUUCUGGAUUGCAUUGUUUGCCAUAAGUUCCUCAUUGUAAUUAUGGAUUUCGCAACCUUGAUUGGUUUGCUAUAAGCUCAGAACAAAAUGACAGCUGAUAAAUUAUUAGUUAGGCCAUUUGGAAUUAUUUGUAAUGGAUGUCAUGUGAUCACAAUAAUAAAUAUUUAUCUUACCAAAUAA